CGCGCGGAGUUUGGAGUUUGACAAGUUGUCUUUAUUCCAGCCCUCAACACGCCUUCAGUCCGUGUCACCGCGGCGUGGAGAAUACAAUUUAGCAUGCAGUGUGGGUCUUUAUAACGUUUUACACGAGACUUCUCUCAUUUUCACACCGAGGGACUUACUUUUCAUACUUUUCACCACCUCGAUGGCGGAGGAACUGUUGCUGUGGAACGAUGCAAAACCUAGCUCGCACCUCACAAAGUCACUGCUGGCGGUGGCGUUCCUGUCCUCGUUCGGCAGUUCCAUGCUCUACGGCUUCAACUUGGCUGUGGUCAACUCUCCCGCGCAGUACAUCAAAGCCUUCUACAACGAGACGCUUAGGGAAGAAUAUAACUGGAUUCCAGAUGACAAGCACCUGACGCUCUUGUACUCGCUGACUGUCUCCAUCUUUGCUAUCGGUGGAAUGAUCGGCGCACUGUUAGUCGGAAAAUUGGUAACCAAAUACGGAAGGAAGGGGACCCUGGUGAAAUCCACCGUGUUGGUGUUCCUUGGUGGAACCCUCAUAGGCCUCAGCAGAGCAUGGAGGGAACCAUCUAUGGUCAUCAUUGGACGCUUCAUUGUUGGAGUGCACUCCGGAAUCUGUCUCAGUGUGGUGCCAAUGUACCUUGGAGAGAUUGCCCCCAAGAAUCUGCGAGGAUUCCUGGGUCUUAUUCCCAGCAUCCAUAUUUGUCUCGGGGUCUUCAUCGCUCAGGUCCUCGGGCUUCAAGAGCUGUUGGGAAAGGAAGAGCACUGGCCGCUGCUCAUGUCUCUUAUCGUAUUUCCAACCCUGGUCCAGCUGAUGUUUUUACCAUGGUUUCCGGAAAGUCCACGGUACCUGUUGAUCGAAAAAGGAAACGUUCACGCCACCAUUGCAGCCCUCAAGUGGUUCCGUUCUAGAGGAAACCUCCAGUUGGAGGUGGAGGAGAUGCAAGAGGAACAACGCUCUUUGUCCUCCAUCCAGACGCUAUCUGUGUGCAGCCUCCUCAUGGACCGCUGCGUUCGCUGGCAGCUCAUCACCGUGAUUGUGGUCAACGUCGGCAUGCAGCUGUCUGGUAUUGAUGCGAUCUGGUUCUACACAAAUGAUAUAUUCAGGAAUGCUGGAAUUCCCGACCCAAAUAUUCAGUACACAACAGUCGGGACCGGAGCCAUUGAGGUCAUCUCUGGAGCAAUAGGCUGCUUUACUAUUGAGCGCGUGGGGAGGAGACCACUGAUGAUUGGCGGAUACCUUUUCAUGGCUCUCUGCUGUGCUGGCAUCACAAUGUCUGUCCUCUUCCAGGCUCAACUGGCCUUCCUGCGCUACAUCAGCGUGGGCUGCGUUGUUGGAAUUAUUGCCGGCUUCUGCAUUGGCCCAGCCGGUGUUCCCUUCCUGAUCACUGCUGAGCUGUUCAAGCAGUCGCACCGACCGGCGGCCUACACCGUGGGAGGUUGUCUCAACUGGUUGUCCAACUUCACCAUCGGUUUCGUCUUUCCCUUCCUGGAGCUGGCCACUGGUCCUUACUGUUACCUCAUCUUCUGUGCGAUCUGCCUGGGCGUGGCCAUCUACACCAUCUUCAUCAUUCCCGAGACUAAGAACAAAACCUUCAUGGAAAUCAGUAAGAUGUUUUCCUCCAAGAACGACAUCCCUGAGGAGGAGCUGGCAUCCGAUGAGCACCUGAAGAUGGCGCUCAUGAACGGCUACGGGACUGUGGGCCAUUAUUGAAUAAAGUAAGCGGAGAAGAGGUGGAUCCACUCCCUGGAUUGAUUGAUGUAACGGCGAACGAGGUUGGAGAUGUACACAAUGGACACCGAGACGAUGCGCACUACAUGUGACUCGUGUGUUACUAUCAACGUGUUCUGUACUGCACGUCAGACAAAGGUCACGAACCAAAGCGUCUCUAAUGGAGCAUACGAAGCAUUUUAAUCCGUUUCCUAGCAUCGUGAUCCAUUUUGCAGGAAUUUGUUCCCCCGGCGUUAUUUUCACAUAUUUCAAACACAUCCCAUGAUCCUUCCAGAUAGUUCAUACGGAGUGGUGACACAUUUCUAUUUUUAUGAUAUGAUAUCUCUUUUUACUUAAGAGAGCUGGAUAUCGUGGCUACUGUAGUAGUCAUUUUAUGGCUGAGUUUUAAUUUAUCAACAUGUCUGUUGUAAGCGUUCAAAACGCAGUGUGGUCAGAGUCAAUGGGAGAUAUUCAAUAAAAUUAGCAAUU